CCGGCUAAACCACUCAAUCAUUACCAGAACAGUGAUCCGCUCCCGUCACUCACCCACCCAUCCACACGACGAGGGAAAGAGAAAAACUCAGGCUCUUCCAUCCAGCACACACGCAUCGAAGAGAGGGCAAGACAAGACAGCCAUGGCAUGCCGUCAACCACACCACACCCAGCCCUCUCACCCACCUGUGCGCAUCGCAAUGCCAUCAACAACCCUAACGUGCAGUCGGUGCAAAUCGGCUCACUUCCGCCGCCGCAGUGUGUCGUUGAGCAGCAGCAGCGACGGGAACCCAUAAAUGAAGGUCUGCACGAACCACAGCAGGCAUGCCGACCCGCUCAUCGAGGCCUUGCGCGCCCUCGACACGGCGUAGAGGCCUUCUGCGACGUGAAUGACGACGGCAAUCGCGAAGAUGGCCUGAAAGUGCCAUCGGUGUGGCAGCAGCAGCAUCGGCACCUCCGUGAACCCCGCAAGAGCCACGUAGACACAGCCAGCGGGGAGGAAGAGCCACAGAGGGUUCACGAGGGCAAACUCCUUCAUCGUGAGGCAGAUCUGACGGCCUCAGAGGCUGAUAGCCAGUGGUUUCA